CGGCCCAGCCAGGCCAGGCGAGGCGGGCGUUCGCGGCGGUGGCUGCUCUUGCUGCCGUGAUGGCCUUUGAGGACACCGUUGCUGGCCUGGGGCUCGGGUUGACGGGGACCCCCACCGUCCGGCCUUUUCCAGUCAUCUUAGGCCAGGGUCUCCCGCCACAGGCCCGGACUAGUACCUCAGGCUUUUAGUUUGCGACCUUCAAGAUAUUGUAGGAUAGUUCGUAUUAUGCCCCACUCCCCCCCACCCCCUUUUUUUUUUAAUAAGGAAACUGAAUCCCAGAGAACCGUAGAAAAUUGCCCAGGAUGACACAAUCGAUAAUUACCAGAGACUCAAAAGUCUUUUCCAUUAUGGCAAUCUACAUCCCAAACUUCGUGACUUUUUUUUUUUUAAUACAGUAUAGGUGACUCUUGUUGAGGGAAGGGGUUGUGUGGAAAUAAGUCGGGAGCUGUUUCGAGUUGAUUGGGGAAUUUCUGUAUCACUGUGGAUUCUUGGAAACAUGACUUGACUUUCCUGGAUCUCAGGUGGAUUUUUUUUUUUUUUUUUUUUUUUUUCAUCUUAAAAUGUAACUGGAUCUGAAGACUGGUGCUUUACCUGUUCGUUCAUGAGCCCGUGUUCUGAACUGGGGUGGAACUCUCCCCUCUUGCAAGGCUGCUUCCUUCCACCUCUUGCUUCUUCCCAGUCCCACACAGCCUAUUGGACCUCUACACCAUCGAACAAUAGUUACCAAUGAUUCCUUAGACUGGGCCUAGAAGAUUAAACAAUCUCUGACAACUCAUUCAGUUCCUAUUAGGUGGCAGAUGCUUCGCCUCCACAGGGUUCUAAACAGGUGGAGAAAGUCAGCAGAUAGCAAAAGAAGGGGAGUGAUUGGAGUGGUCAGAGCAAAUGGCAAUCGUUAAAACAGAUAUGAAAGAAACAGGAGAAAAUGUUUAAGACUAAUUAGCUUUCAUAGUGAAAUUGGAAAGGAGAUUGCCACAGGUUUUUGUUUGUUUGUUUAAGAUGGGAAAAUAAUCUGAACAAAACUUUCUUGAAGAGGAAAAACACGAUUGUCAAAUUAGUGCAGCCGUUUCAGUGAACUGCAGAUGAGAUAUGCCAAAAGUUAAACCAGCUCAAAAAAAUUUACCAAAACUCGGAAAAUAUAAUAGAUAUAAAGUAUUGAGAGAUAAAGGUAGGAGACAUGGAGAAUGGAUCCAGAAAACUAAUAAGAUAUGAGUUCAGAAGGUGGUAACAGAACUAAGAGCAAUCAUUAAAGAUAUAAUAGAAGAAAAUUUACUAAGUUGAUGGAAAAUUUGGAUUUAAGACUUAAAUUCAACCCUCAGAUUUAAAGAGUUCAUGAAAUACCAGAUAAAAAUAAAUGAAGACAGCCAUAUUUAGACCUGUAUUACAAUGAAAGCUGAGUUCAAAGAAUUAAAAUAUGUACUGAUAUAGUCAAGAUGUAUUAUUUUUUUUAAGCCAAUUGCAGAACAAGAUAUAGAGUAUGGGUCUGUCUGAGUGCAGCAAAACUAUUUAUUGCAUAUGUAUAUUUCUAUAUAAAUACAUCAAAAAAGAUGUGGAAUAAUACAUACCAGACUUUUAAGAAUGGUUAUCUUGGGAAUUCCCUGGCCGUCAAUGGUUAGGACUCUGUGCUCUUACUGUCAAGGGCCCAGGUUCAAUCCCUGGUCAGGAACCUAAGAUCCCACAAGCUGCACAGCACAGCCAAAUAAAUAAAUAAAAAGAAUGAAUAUUAAUAUGCUACAUAUUCAACAAAGGUAAAAAAAAUAAAAUGAAAAUAGAAGGAAGAAAUAAAGAUAAAAUCCAGAAUUAAUAAAGGAAAAAGAACACUUGAUAAAUUGAAGCAUUCUUUAGAAAUAAUGUAGACAUUAAAACAGACACAUUGGGGACUUCCCUGGUGGUCCAGUGGUUAAGACUCCACAGUCCCAAUGCAGGGGCUUGGUUUCUAUCCCUGGUCAAGGAACUAGAUCCCACAUGCCACAACGUAGACCUGGUGCAGCCAAAUAAAUAAAUAAAUAUUUAAUAGAAUUCAUUUCUGGCAAAAAAUUUUAAAAAUUCAAAAGACAUCCUAUCAAAUGCUACAUAGGUGGGCUUCCUAGGUGGCACAGUGGUUAAGAAUCCACCUGCCAAUGCAGAGGUCACGGGUUUGAUCCCAGCUCCAGGAAAAUCCCACAUGCCGCGGAGCAACUAAGCCCGUGUGCCCAAAAAAAAAAAAAAUGCUUCACAGGUAAUGUAAACUUAGCUCAUCAAAUCUCUGCUUUUCCCCUAAAAUACUUGUUUCUUUGCCAGCCUUAUAUCUCAGUAAAUUAUGCUACCAUCUAAGUCAAAACCCAAGAGUUAUCCUUGACAUCUCCCUCUCUCUUAGUCCGCACAUUCAGUCCAAUAUCAGGAUAUGUCUCUUCUAUCUCUGUAGUGGACACGUAUGGAGUUCGUCACUGCAACAUUUUCCCCUUUUCUCUUGAAAACUGCCCCUUACUCUCACUCAGAAAUACUUAUUCUUUCCUUUUUCUAUUUCCUUUUUUCUUUUCUUUCCUCUUUUACUCCCUUCAUUUGCACCUAUUUUUCCCCCAGUUGCAGAGAUUUGAAGCAGUCAUACUGUUCAGUUCACAUUAUCAUCAACAAGGCCUUUCUCAUUUUAUCUUUUUUUUCCUUCAUUCCAAUUCCCACUCAUGUUCCUUCCUUCUUCCUUCGGUAGCCACUCUAAUGUAUUUGAUAUAUGUCCUUGGAUAUGCAUGUAUGUCUGAAUAAUAUAUAAUAUUGUUUCGUGUAUGUGUGUGUUUUAAAUGUACAUAUUUGAUAUUGUGUUAUAGAAAUCAUUGUUUCUUUUUCAUGUUUCUGUAAAUACUUAUGACUAUUGCAUAGUAUUGUCUUAAAUGACCUCGCACCCAUGGCCACUGGUCCUGGGCCAAGAUGGACUAAUCAGAGUCCCUACCCAGAAUUUUUUUCACUGAAACUAAGAAAAAAAAGAAAAUCCCUCUCCAGUGGGGAAGCCAUAAAGUGUAAAACACAGGAGCUGUCAGCAGCCACGUGUCCUGCCAUGUGGAACCAGCUGGUCUGCAGUGAAAAGAAUGAAGCCGACAUGCAGAAAUCAGCAGAGAUUCGUGGUGCCCUUAACGCAAUCAGAGGCUUGAUUUCUGCCACUUCAGAAGAGAAGCCCAAAGCUGUUGUUAGUCACAGCAGUGGAAACCAUGGCCAGGCUCUCUCCUAUGCUGCCAAAUUAGAAGGGAUUCCUGCUUAUAUUGUAGUGCCUGAAACAGCUCCCAACUGUAAAAAACUGGCGAUACAAGCCUAUGGAGCCUCUAUAGUAUACAGUGAACAGAGCGACGAGUCCAGAGAAAAUGUUACAAAAAGAAUUGUGGAAGAAACAGAAGGCAUCAUGGUACAUCCCAACCAGGAGCCUGCAGUGAUAGCUGGGCAAGGGACAAUUGCCAUGGAAGUGCUAAACCAGGUUCCCUUGGUAGAUGCACUGGUGGUACCAGUAGGAGGAGGAGGAAUGGUUGCUGGAAUAGCAAUUACGGUUAAGGCUCUGAGACCUAGUGUGAAGGUAUAUGCUGCUGAACCCUUGAAUGCAGAUGACUGCUACCAGUCCAAACUGAAAGGGGAACUGACCCCCAAUCCCUAUCCUCCAGAAACCAUGGCAGAUGGUGUCAAAUCCAGCAUUGGCUUAAAAACCUGGCCUAUCAUAAGGGACCUUGUGGAUGACGUCUUUACUGUCACAGAGGAUGAAAUUAAGUAUGCAACCCAGCUGGUGUGGGAGAGGAUGAAAUUGCUUAUUGAACCUACAGCUGGGGUUGGAGUGGCCGCCGUGCUGUCUCAGCAUUUUCAAACAGUUUCCGCAGAAGUAAAGAACAUCUGUAUUGUGCUUAGUGGUGGAAAUGUAGACUUAACCUCCCUAACUUGGGUGAAGCAGGCUGAAAAGCCAGCUCCUUAGCAAUCCACUUGUUUAAUAUGUGCAAAAGGAAGAAAAGGGACUCAGUGUCUAGACACUUGGAAA